UUGGCCACUGUUGAAGGCCGGGCGCUCCCCCUUCCCCGGUCUCCCGGGUCUCUUGAGGAGCCCAGGAAGGAGGCUCCGCUAGUGCCGCCGGGCCAGGGGCUGCCGGGACCGGGCUGCGGCAAUUGUUAACCGGUCAUGUCGGCCGCCCAGGGCUGGGACAGGAACCGCCGGAGGGGAGGAGGCGCCGCCGGCGGGGGCGGCGGAGGUAGCGGGGCCAGCGGGGGCAGCGGGGGCAGCGGGGGUCGGGGGACUGGCCAGCUCAACCGCUUCGUGCAACUCUCCGGGAGGCCGCACCUGCCAGGUAAGAAGAAAAUACGAUGGGACCCAGUUAGGAGGCGCUUCAUUCAGUCCUGUCCCAUCAUAAGGAUCCCUAACAGGUUUUUGAGAGGCCACAGACCUCCACCAGCACGAAGUGGACAUCGUUGUGUGGCAGAUAAUACCAAUCUGUAUGUCUUUGGAGGUUAUAACCCAGAUUAUGAUGAAUCUGGAGGGCCAGAUAAUGAAGACUACCCCCUCUUCAGGGAGCUUUGGAGGUAUCAUUUUGCUACAGGAGUAUGGCAUCAGAUGGGCACAGAUGGCUACAUGCCCCGGGAACUGGCAUCUAUGUCACUUGUGCUUCAUGGAAACAACCUACUAGUGUUUGGAGGUACGGGCAUCCCAUUUGGUGAGAGCAACGGCAAUGACGUCCACGUCUGUAAUGUGAAGUAUAAGAGAUGGGCUUUACUCAGCUGUCGGGGGAAGAAACCCAGUCGUAUAUAUGGACAGGCCAUGGCGAUCAUCAAUGGCUCCCUUUAUGUCUUUGGAGGAACAACUGGCUAUAUUUACAGCACAGAUCUGCACAAGUUAGAUCUCAAUACCAGAGAGUGGACACAACUGAAACCAAACAACCUUUCCUGUGAUCUACCAGAAGAGAGAUACAGACAUGAAAUCGCACAUGAUGGGCAGAGGAUUUACAUCUUGGGAGGUGGUACUUCCUGGACAGCGUAUUCCUUGAACAAGAUCCAUGCAUACAACCUUGAAACGAAUGCCUGGGAGGAAAUCGCAACAAAACCCCAUGAAAAAAUAGGUUUUCCUGCAGCCCGAAGAUGCCACAGUUGUGUUCAAAUUAAAAAUGAUGUGUUUAUUUGUGGGGGCUAUAAUGGAGAAGUGAUCCUUGGGGAUAUCUGGAAGCUGAAUCUACAGACUUUCCAGUGGGUGAAGCUCCCAGCUACCAUGCCAGAGCCUGUUUAUUUCCACUGUGCGGCUGUGACACCAGCCGGUUGCAUGUACAUUCAUGGAGGAGUGGUGAACAUCCACGAAAACAAACGGACUGGGUCAUUGUUUAAGAUCUGGCUGGUGGUACCUAGCCUGCUGGAACUGGCAUGGGAGAAGCUGCUUGCGGCCUUCCCUAACCUGGCAAACCUCUCCCGAACACAGCUUCUGCACCUUGGACUCACACAGGGACUCAUCGAGCGCUUGAAAUGAGGAUUUCUGGACUGUUCAUUAAUACUGGAAAUGUUAAUUUAAAGAGACUCCUUUAUUUAUGGGCAGUAUAGAAUGUGCUACAAAGAGGAUUGGUUACCCUGAUCAAGGCCUUAUUCAGAAAAUACAUCAGAUGCCUUUCUGUAAAUUGGUUUUAAGUUUAUGGAAAUCUCACUUUCUCUUGUGCUUCUUUCUUUGCUUCUCUCCCUCUUGCCCCAAUACACAUACUCACUACCCUUCUUCCUUGAUGGAGUUGAGGGAAAGUCUGAAAGUAUCUUAAUAAUGUUAUGAAUCAAGUUAAGAGAAAGAAUUUUGUAAAGGGACUCUGAACAUAUGAUCAUGUCAGCCAUUGCUCUGCAGAGUAAAACAACAUUAACAACAAAAAUAAAAAUAAAAUAAUUUUUAAUCCAGAAAUUUUGGGGCUAGAACAAGAAGGCUAACCUUGAGACUUCUGCAGGUUAUGUAAACAGAUGUUUAACUGUUCUCAGAGUGCAUCAAACUGAGUAGCUGAACCCACUGGCAGUGAUGGUGGACAUCUUGCAGUCCCCUGCCUUUGGAGGAAAGUCAAGCAGCACAGCAGCUCCUGAUUAGUGAUUUCUUUCCCCACGGUGCCAGCAAGGUUAGAGUUGGCUUGUCAAAAGACGUGUGUGUGUGUUGUAGUUGUGCUUUUUAUUGUUGCUCUUAGAAAUUAUGACACCGAGUACACUUCAAAUCAAGAAACUUCUGGUGGUCAAAGUUUUUCAUUCUGGCAGUUUUGAAGUUCUCUUACACUUAUUGCUGGCUUCAAGUAUCUCUUUGACUUCUUCUUGGGGAAUCAUGUACCCUAAAUGUGUGGUGUAGUGUCAUGGGGCAUACGCAUAAGCUCGUGAGAAGUCAGGGAGGAGCAGGGCAGAGAAGGCAUGUGCCCUCUGGGUCUGUUAGCUUGGCUUCUGCUCUGGGCUCUGAGCUUUGAUCUCAUGUCAGCCAUUUCCAUUUCAGUACUUGUUUCUUUCCUAACUCUGGGCCAUGCAUCUGCCAUUUUCUCAGGCAGCGGGUUUUGUCACUAGAAAGCCACCUUGCCCUUGAUUUUUCUCUUAGCUUAUUGCCGCAUUUUCUAUCUGCUUUCAUGUGGAUGUGCUGUGAUAACUUCUAGUAAUCAAAUAAAAAAGUCUUGGAGAAAAAGCCACAGGCCAUCCUUCCUGAAGAACUUGGUAUAUCAUUUUAGAAACUAGCCUGAGAAAGGAAUAAAACUGAGUAUCACCUUUUUGCUGUGAAAUUUUAGUUCUAGUUAGGUUUGUUCUAAUUCUGAAGGAGAAAUGACUGAAAUGUUUACUUGCUUUGCCAUCAGGCUGCCAGAGUAGUUGAGCACGUCACUAAGAUGCCAGCCCUUGGAUGUCCUGGGGUGCAUGGGAGGCGCUGGAGGCAGACAAGAGGGCACAGUACUGGUUGUCCUGCUGGCUACCUCAUGACAGGAGACCCAGACAGGAGAUUUAGGACAUAUUUUUCCUUUAAGUGCCUCUUUUUCACAUAGCUUUUAAAGUCACUCUUCUUUUUCCUUCAUCCCAGAGUGAUCUCUAGCUCAUGUGUGGAUUUAAAACCAACUCUGCAUGAUAACUAAAAAGUCACCACACCAUAUUCAGUUCUAGAAAAGAAACAGACACUGCGGCCUCUAGACCUGGACUCCCAAUUACCAGGCUUUAUUAUAACAACCCGUCCAUUUUGGGUUGAGUUUAGGGAGCCUAGAUUUUGCAAAACCUGUAAUAACCAUCCAUCUAUGAGUUUGGGUCCUUUUGGGGGAGGGCAUGGCAGAAAGGCAGCCUAAGGAGCAACUCCUCCAGAGGGCCCACCCUGUCUCGCCCCAAGAAGGCUGUUCGAGUUUGGGUCCCAUUGCAGGGCUUGCUCCAGCAAGGCUCCUUCCAGAGCACGUCAGUCUGAGCAGCUCUAUUCAAAACAAAAUUUUGCUGUAUGACUCCAGCUUGAUCUCCAGAUGCUCGAUGGAGAGAUCCCAGAACUGAAAAAGUCAUGCUGUCUAGGGUGGCAAGCAGAUCUUUGUCAUGGAUCUAUAUGGGGACCAAAGAUGGAAUGCUCAGCCUGGGUGCUUACAUGUCCGUGGUCCUUGGGCUAUGAGCAGGUGUCCAGUUCUGCUGCAGCAAGAGCGGGAACAUGAGUCUGGUCCAAUCCACACUUGAGGCAUCCUUUUGUUUUAAAUCUUUUCUAAGGGCAGUCUUUUUUGAGGUAGACAUUGGAGGCCUGACAUCCAAGACCUGGCAUGUGAAGGUUUCAUAAAAGUACACAUCCUUGGUCUAAAGCGCCUUGUUUUAAUCUAACACUAGUGAAAACGAGGGAGUAUGACCAGCCCUGCGUGCUGUCACGCCACACAUGCGCACGUGUUCUGGAUGCCCAAUGAGACCGUGUGUAUGAUGACUUCAAUGUAGAUGAUGAGACUUUUAUCUAAGGGGUCACCAGGCAUUUAGUGUACCUAUAACCAGCACUCUGAAUUCCUGACACUUACUUGACUUAGGAAAAUGUUACGCCUGCUGCUUCUCUGCCUCUUUGAGGUACUCCCAGCCAUCCUACUGCAGUCCUAUGAAUUUAAGUGCAAUAUAUAGAAUCACAUAUGGAUAUAUACAGAUUAUAUAUAGGGUGUGGCUAGAAAACAGGUAGACUACUUUUUUGUAUCUGUCUUGGGGAAGCCAGUGCUUUAGAAUCCAGUUAUACCAAGAAAUUUAUGAUGUGAUUGACUGGUUUCAGCCAACUCUGGAUAAAGCUGGAUUUUAAGUUCUUGAAGACUUACUGUUCCUUGGGUUUCUCAGAGUUGAGACUUUUUCCCCAAUCAUCUUUGUACUUGCUCACGUUUGCUUAUCUCCCUACGUUCCUUCGCCCUGGAACAAGGAUGUCUACCUGUAAGGAGUUUCCUAAAUGAAGAAUUAAAAGCUAAUAUUUAAUACUAUCAGUUUUCCCAUGUAUAUACUAAUUUAUCUUUACUAAAUGCUUUACUAAAUGAUGAAAACAAGGCUUUCUUCAUUUAAUGAAGUAUUUUUCACAUGCUGGAAAAUCUAUGAACAAACAUAGAAUAGACUGAAAUGUUAGCUCUUCUUCAGGGGCCAAAUUGAAACCCUUCCCACUGGCAGAAUCUUCUUUUUUUUUUUUUUUUUUUUUUUUUAUUUUAGGGUCCUAGUGACAUGACAUAAAAUUUUGCUCUAGACUAUUCAUAUUGAUUGCAUAGCUAGAUUUUAAUGUAUAAUAAAAAAAUUAACACUUACGCAAAGGUGUAUUAACAGUGACCUUUGGUGAUCCAGAGUAGCAAGAGAGUAAAGCACAGAUAAUUGAAAUCCAUAAAUAAUCAGUGUUUCAAUUUUUCUAUCAAACAAUUGAUUCAUUUACAGUUGUUCUUCCUCCCUCCUGUUUUCCCAUAAGCCCGUCCUCUUCAGUGGUGUGGGAUUAAUGAGUAAUUAGGAAUGGAAGAGGAGGAUCGAAGUAACCAGCAAACAUACACGCAGCCCCGGUGGCAAUAAUUGGUCCGCCGAUGACCACUGUUGAGAGCUGAAGUGAGGAGCCAUGGGGUAGACGUUACUCUCCGCUCUUCUGCUUCAGCAGAGUCUCCGGCCCUGAGUUCUAGGCUGUCCUUCCUGCCACCACCAAAGAACUCUUAGCGCCUCUGGGAAGAAAAGCUGUGUAUGACGCAGAGGAAACCCCAUCAUUUCAACACAUUUCUUUGGCUCUUGACAAAUACUUGCUUUUCCUCUGUUCUUGCAGGAGCCCGACUUUUCCCUUUGGAAAUACCUUUUUCUCUCCAUGUAGCUUGGCAUAUGGGAGAGGUUGUCCUCUAAGACUUUGUUGGUCUUCAUUCUGUAAAGCCAGUUUGUUUUUCUGUGGUCCUACGGAUGUUUUGAAAGUGGCACAGGUUACUGAACUGUCUGUCUGCCAGCAUUCUGCUGUAGCACAAAGCCAUUCGCCUGAUUCUUCAUUGUUCUGCCAUGAGCUCCAGGAUUGGGGGGGGGGGCAGAAUUUAUGGUCCUGUGAGCAUUAAACUCCCCCAAACUGGUUAUAUUAGCAUCAAUUCCUUUGGUUUCCCAAAUACUCCGAGAUUCUAGGAGUGCUGGCAGGGCCUGCGGUGGGCGGGCUGGAGUCCGUAGUCUCCCUGCACGUCGCCCUGGAGCAUGCCCAGCCCUGCAGCGUUUCCCUUCCCAGCCUGUUAGAUUCAGCAGAAAGCAACUUCUUCUUUAGUCUGGUGUUAUGAAAAGAAAUUCUGAGUUGUGCUUCAGAAGUGGUACCAGCUUUUUGGUAUCAUUCUCGUGAUCGCUUUUUUUUUUUUUUUCCCACAUUUUAGACGUUUUUUAAAGGCCCUGCUUAGUCAGUGUACAGGGUGAGUCAGAGGCAGUUUCACCAAGCUGUAGUAAUUGCUGUUUUCCUAGUUGCACAUUUAGAAUACAAAGGAGGCAUCAGAGACAAACUGUCUUUCUCAAAAGCACUUCCUUGUACACAGAGUCUGAGCAGGGACAGUUCCAGGCAUCUCCCUGUAAGACACCUGCCAAUGAGGAUUUUGCUGGAAGAACCUAAGCAAGAAAGGGAAACCUCUCUCACAUGCAGUCUGAGGGGCGAGACUGGGCUGGGCUCUUGGUACAGGGUAUGCUUAGGCCACACACGAUGCUUGCCUUACUUUAAAGCUAUUUGCCACAGUCCUAUUAAAUAGUGUGGACGUCCUUUUGCAGUCUGGUGUGCAUGCCAUAUGAUCGGGACAGCUUCUCCACCGCACCUGGUUUCCUACCAGCAAGUAGGAGAUAUAGUGAAUACCCUAAAAUGUCCAAUCUGUAUUUAUGUACCUUGUCAGUGUUUUGCUGUCAGUUUUCUAAAACAAUCUGAUCAAUAAAUCUUACCCAAAUC